GGGGGUACAUUUCCCACGCUUCCAAGUCCAACUGCUUGCUUGAUCACACUCCCCUAAAAGCUACUCCGUAUAAAACUGCGUUUAGGGGAACUAAAAAGACACGCACCCUUCCCGCCGUGGAGCGCUAGACUGCUAGGUACCAUUUCAUUGAAUUGGCAUUUUCACAAACAAUCAAUGGAGACGACCGCCCACCUUCCAUGGGACAUAAUCCUGGAGAUUCUAUGCCGAUUGCCCGUGAAAGAUCUGCUGCGUUUCAGGUGCGUAUCGAAGUCAUGGUGCUCCCUGAUCGGCGGCAGUGAUUUCAUCAAUCUCCACCUCAAGCACUCUCCCGAAUCCACUUCCCAAAUCGGGUUCGCGUUCGGGGGAAACACUGAUGUCUGCUGGGCUUCCUUGAACGAUCUCAACUCCUUCGUUCGGCUCACAUGCCCAAUAGACAUCGGAACUGGUUUGAGCGUUCAAGGAAGUAUCAACGGAUUGCUAGCUAUUAUGAACCGUAGUUUUGAUAUGGCCAUUUGGAACCCUUUCAUUCGGAGGUACAUCAGUUUACCCAUGUCUCAUCAUUUGUCUCAUCAUUUCCUUCCAUUUCAUGAAUUCGAAAUUCUUCUCACCGGAUUUGGGCACGACCCCAUCACUGACGACUAUAAGUUGGUAAUGUUAAUCGAAUUUAAUGGGCUGUUUACUAGAUCCUCUCACCGUGAAGUGAAGCUUUAUAGCUUAAAUGCCAAAAAGUGGAAAAAAAUUGAUGACUCUCCUAAACACAUCACUUACGGUCCUCCUAACCAUGGGGACCUUUUUGGGGCCCUUUUUAGCAAUGCUUUGCACUGGUUGGCGGAGUCCAAGCGUGAUAAUUCUGACUUGAUUUUGGUCUUUGAUCUUGUGACUGAAACUUUCCGGCAUUUUCCGCUGCCUGAAAACAAAUGUCAUUGUGUGAAGCUAGUGAAUCUAGGAGACUCGUUGUGUGCAGUCAUUUUGAUUAAUACUCCGCCAAGGGUUGAGGUGUGGGGGAUGAAGGAAUAUGGAGUCAAGGAGUCUUGGUUUUUGUUGUUUUCUGUUCCUCCUACAAAACCAACUCCCCCCUGCAACUACACACUUCCAAUCGCAUACUUGAAGAAUAGUGAUGAGGUUUUGCUUCACGACAGUGAAAAACUUUUCGUGUAUGAUAUCAAAAGAAAGGAGUUCAACAAAAGGGCGGUUGGUCCUGGUUUGCCUGAAAUUCGUGAUGCCCUUGUUUGUGUGAAAAGCCUAGUGGGACUUGGUUUUGGUGAAAGCAGUUGUAAUGGGAAGGAGAGGGGCAGCAAUGUUAAAGGUGGGAAGAAGCACACUGCAAAGCAGAGAGAUGAUUUUCUUUCCAAGGGGUUCAAACUGCGACUAUAAAUAGGAUAUAGUUAUGCAGAAAAGUUGGUAGAGGCAAGACAACAAAAGUUCUCGUUUUUGGUACAAAAACCAUGCUUCCUGGGAUUUUCGGCAAGCUCAGAUAUGGACUAUCAAUCAUGAUGAUGUUUAAGCUUUUUCCUUUUUGCUACCUAUCAACCUGUCUUUUAAUUGAUGAUGUUUAGCCAUUUUUGUUUGUUAUCUACAUUUUCAUACGUUGGAGGAAGUCCUGCCUUGAAGGAAAUCUAGAUAGGGGUGCAACAAAAAUGUUUAGGUGAAAUGUCAUCGUACUUGACAGUUUAACUGAGAAAUUUUGAGGCCUGAUAAAUAUAUGAUCUCUCUCUAUGACUGUAU